AUAUUCAACAACAACAACACCAACAAUUACGCAAGAAAGAGAAGUCGGCCUACUGCUGGACCUGGCUAAAUUAGGGACUUCAGACUUCAAUCGGUUUCGAGACGAAAAUCAUAAGACAUCUACUAUUAAUAAGGAAAUCAGCGGAAUUCUCGUCAUAAAAUUUGUGAAUCCUUUUCUGGUAGUAAUUGGAGGAUCUUUUCCAUGCGUACAGACAGAUAAUCCAGCGUAGCCCGUCUGAGUUUGAUAGUUUCUGAGCCGCGGCUGCUAUCGCCUUAUCGGGGUGGAUCGGGCGGAACGCGAUGGCCUGUAUCGCUGGCAGUGGACGUGAGGUUGAAGAGAAGAAGGCCCAAAAUGAGAUGAUACCUCCCUCUCCAAAUAAUUUUACAGAUGAUCAUGAUGGUGGAGGAGGCAAGCAGGCCAAUGAAUAUCUGUUAAAGACUUUGGAUGCUUUGGAAGUUCGUGUUGAGAAAAUGAGGGAGACGGCCAGAUCAAUUGAUGAUGAAAAGACUCGUUUGUUGGACUCUCUAAACACAAUGAUGCAGAGCGAGGCUAUUGAUCAUCUCUCAGAAGCGGAGCGCGAGGAGCUUGGACUUUACAUCGACCGUCUUAUCACUCGCUGCUUGACAGUCGACAUCAACAUCCAGACAAUCCGGACACCUGCCCAGGAGGAAUCCCUAUUGAAGGUCAAAGGUUAUCUGCGUGAUCUCAUCGACACUUUACAAUCUAACCUGGAGCAGAGUAGCCAACGGGUCAAGCUCUAUCUGAACAGUUGCCUUGGUGGGACCGAGCUGGGGCCUGUUGAUGAGAGGUUCCAGGGCGCCCUCUUAGGUUGUGCUGCCGAGGACCAGAAAAUGAUCAGGAAGAAAUUGCAGGAGAUCAAAGACUCCUUAAGUGAGACUAAUGCCUUUAUAUCAAGGCUUCAAGCUCUUAAAUUAGAUUUAUAAUGCAAGGCUAUGCUAAAUAUUUCAUUUCUUUAAUCUGUUACCUACUGGAAGAACUGGAAGAAGCCCUUUGGAAUCACACAAGUUAAUAGUGAUUGUUGAUUUUUUACUUUCAAUGCUCAUAAUUCUGCGGUUCUUUUCAUUAAUGUGUGAGACUACAUGUAUUUUAACAUAAAUGACAUCCUUGAGGAAUAAAAUCUUAACAUAAUGAAUUAUCCCAAUGUGUAUAAUGUUCAAGCCUUUCAGAGUAAACUGUUUAUUGUUUUGUUUGUUAUUCAUGGCAAUAUAAACAUCAAACCAUUCCUUUUAGUAGAGUUUAAGUAAAUAUGUUAUUUUAACAACUCAGGUUUGCCAAAUGAGAAAUUGUGUUAUAAAUGCAGAAUAUUAUAUAAAAUCAGGAAUAUAUAUCUGGAUAACAGUACUUGUCCCUUUUCCCACUUCUUAACAGUACUGUUUUAAUACAAAGGGGAUGAAAUGUUUUUAAAUGUUUUGACCCAUCAUUAGUAGGCUAGCUAUUAAAGCCAACCCAAGACCUUUUAAUUCCCGAAACUAGGAAGUGGUGUUGAUAUCAUUAAGCUGAUUUCUGAUAAUCCAGUAAUUAAUCUUGAUUGUACAAAUCAUUUGAUUGUUUACAAUCAUGGCAGGGCAUCAAGUGACAAAAAGGGUAAUUGGUCCCAGGCCUAAUACUGUAUUGGUAACAUUUGAUCUCCCCCCCCCCCCCCCCAUUCCUGGCGAGAACUUUGCAGAAUCCAGCUACUCAAUGUAUGAGAGAAUGAUUAGCUGAGCAUUAAUGCUGAUGUCAGCAAAUUGUCAUCUUUUUUCCAUAAAGGGCAAAAAACAAAAACAAACAUCUUUAUGAGGAGAUACUUUAAAAUUACAGAAUAUGUAGGACCACAACUUUCCAUGAUAAAUAUUACAAUCAAAUGAGAAUAGCAAAUAUGUCUUUAUGUUCUCUUCGUGCCUGUGCAGUACGCAUUAUAUAAUUUGUUGUGUAUUUACAUCUUUGAGAUAUUGAAUAUUUGCUCUGAAGUUGAACAUGUACCUCUGAACUAACUUGCGAAUAAUAUGGUUGCUUACAUGUUUGCAGUGAUUUUUAUUUUUAGGCUUAUAUGGGUUUUUUUCUUUUUACAUUUUCAGAUUAACUAAAUAAUGGAUUCAUUAAUAUUUGAUAAUUUAUAAGAACAUUUAAAGGGGAAGUUCAUCGUCAUGAUAUUUUUUAAUGAAAAUGUACAAAUUAAAGGAAUUAGUGAAUGAUGGUUUCAAAUAAAGAGAGUUUUUUUUUUUUUAUUAUGAAGAACUUUCUCUUUAUUGAUGAUAAUCAUAAUGCAAAAAAAAUGUUUUUAGCUUUUAUUCUCACAUUUCAUCCUGUGUUUCUUUGCUUUCUGGUCCUGUUAGACCAUUCAUAUUUUUUGAACUAGAGGAAAUUCAUUCCAUUACAAUGCAUGUUGUCAUUUAUCUCUCAUUCCCACCCAGCCCUGUAGCAUACCGGUACACUGUACAUUAUUAAUUGCAUGUCUGUGGACAACUGUGUACAGAAGCUUACAAUCAAAUUUUGGGAUAUAGAUUACAUGUACAUGUAUAUACAAGGUGGGCUCAGUAUUACUAUCCCAUGUUGGCUUCGAGAUGGACACAGAUCAUUCUCAUAUUCAUAUUGUAGAUAUUAAGCAUACAUAUAUGUAGCAUUUCCCAAGAUAAUAAUACAGUACCUGGUAAGCAUUUACUGUAUACAGCGCCAUCCACUGGCGUUUAUCCAUGAUGUCAUACCUUCAAGGGAGGGGGGGGGGUUGAAACAAUUAUAAAGAUAAUCUCCCCCCCUCGAAUAAUAGAUUUAUUUCCAAUUCGUCCAAUUGCCAAUUCGUCUACUAUCAUUUGGUCUACCAUCAGUUCGUCCACUCACCACAUGGUCUACUUUCAUUUAGUCUAAUAACCAGUUGGUCCAAUAUCCAUUUUAUUAUAGUCCAUAUACCAUUUGGUCUACUUAAAUUAAAGUGUUAAAUGCAAAAUGAAUGAAAAGAAAAUGGGUAUUAGACCAACUGGUUAUUAGACGAAAUGGUAAUAGACAAACUGGGUAUUAGAUGAAGUGUUGAUUGGACCAAAUGGUUAUUAGACCAAAUGGUUGUUAGAUGAAUGUUGAUAGACAUAAUGACAUUAGACUUAAUGAAGGUAGACCAUGUGGUGAGUGGACGAGUUGGCAGUAGACGAAUUGGCAAUUUACCGAAAAAUAGGUUCACUGCUUGGAUUUAUGCCAAAGGUGUCUUCAAUAGAGAAAUAAUCUGUUCCAUGGCACUUUACCCCAGUUUUAGGUUGAGUUAGGGUGUCAUCAAUAGAGAAAUAAUCUGUUCUAUGGCACUUUACCCCAGUUUUAGGGUGAGUUAGGGCGUCAUCAAUAGAUAAAUAAUCUGUUCCAUGGCACUUUACCUCAGUUUUAAGUUGAGUUAGGGGGUAAUCUAUGAAAAUCAAACCAAACUCCAAUCCUAAUUUCUUGUAUCAUACCGCACCGGUAAUCCUUUCUUUGCCAAUUGCCUUAAAAAUUGCAGCUUUUUACUUUUUUUGAUGAGGGCAAAGUAUUUUGAAGUAUAGUUCAUUUAUUUUAGAUAUGAUGUCAAAACUAAUCAAGCUGUUUGGUUGGUAACUUGUGAAAUUAAAGUAAGCAUAAUUAUUGUCAGAAAAAUCAAUAUAAAGUAAUCAUCUAGGAUAAGCCCCUUUGUAUUAAAAAAAAAAAGAAAGAUGUUGUAAAAUAGACAUUUCUGAGAAGUAUGUGCAUGUAUGUUAAACAGAAAGUUUGCUUUGAAAAUACCAAUACCCCUAUGUAAUUCAUCGUUUUCUUUGUAAACUUUCAUGGAGUGCAAUAUUUAUCUGACUCUUAUCUGUUUUACUCUUUUUUUUUAUGCCAAAAAUUUCAUGCAUCCUACUGUAUUAUUCAUUGUACAAAAGUGCUACUUUGUACAUUCGCAAAUUAAAUUAUUUGAUUGCUUUUCA